AGUUGGAAACAAAUAAAAAUAAAUAAAUGAUGGCACUAUUAUUCAUCACAGCCCUAUUAAUGUCUCAUCAGCUCUUAGUAAUGGGAUCGAGCAACACAGGUUCUCAGACAGUGACAUUCACAAUGCGUAAGCUGGCAUUUUCCACCAACCAGUUUGGCAUCGAUCUCUACAGGGCGUUGAAUGUUACUGACGAAAACAUUGCCUUCUGUCCCUUCUGUAUUGGAUCUUCACUGGCCAUGGUCCUCUUGGGGGCUGAAGGAAACACGGCCAUGGCCUUAAGACAGGCUCUUUACCUAUGGGGCCUGCAUCCACAAGAGAUUCACUUGGCCUAUCACGACCUCAUAGGACAUCUAGGUUUAAACCUUUCGCCACUUGAUGAGGUGUUCCUGGGAGCCAGGAGAUCACCGGGUGAUGAGAAUGUCUUGAAACUCAUCAACAAUGUCUAUAUUCAGAGGCAUUUCUCAGUGCAUUACCCUUUCCAGUUUUUGCUGAAUAGAUAUUACAAUACCAGCAUUUAUCCUCUAGAUUUCGUAAUGAAUGCUGAACAGAGUACAAGAUACAUCAACAUAUUCUUUGAGCACAACACCGAAGGCAAGAUUGCUCAGAUUUUGUCUCAGGUUCCGUCUCCUUCCACAAAUCUCCUUCUACUGAAUGCUAUUUAUUUCAAAGGAUCUCUGGAUAUGAACAUGGCACAGGUAGAAGAGAGUCGAUUCGUAGGACGAGCAGGUGAAGAUCCAUUCAUCAUGUUAGAAGCAAGGAAAGCCAGAAUAAGAUACGGAGUGCAUGAAUAUUUGAAUUGUACUGCUGUAGAAGUUCCAUUCAGGGGUGGUCUGAUUUCUCUAGUGGCGUUACUGCCAAACCAUCCAGACGGCAUGGCCAUGCUUGAAACCCGUAUCAGUGCUCAAAGGUUGACCGACAUCAUCAACUCCAUGAACGUGAAGCGAGUCAACUUCCAGAUGCCGAGAAUCACCAUUAGGCAAACACACGGCAACUUAACCAAGGCCCUCUUCAACUUGGGACUCGUCGAUUUGUUCACUCCCGGAUAUGCCAAUCUUUUUGGAAUCAGCAAUUUCGGAUGGCUCCAUGUCACCAAUGUCACUCAUGCCGCCUACGUUGAAGUCAGAGAAGGUCCCGUCGCCCAUUCGAGUGGACAAAGCAAACCAGAUCAAGAUGUCUCUGUGGUCUUGGAUAGACCUUUCCUAUGGUUUGUCAUGGACAAUGUCGCUGGUUUGGCCAUCGCCAUGGGUAAAAUGGUGAAACCAGGAGAUGAUAUGUCAGAACCCCCAACAAGAUUAUUGGGUUGAUUAAAUUGGAACAAAUAGUUUCCUCAUUCAACCACCGAAUUAUUAAAUGUAUUCUGUGCAGCAACUUUUCCUAUUGAAGCAAUUUUUCCAGAUUUUUAAAAAAUAUUUUUGUUGCCCUGAUAAGUUACUGAAUGAAACAAUAAAGGAGACGAUAGACUACUA